ACUCUUGAAACAAUGUUGCAAGUCAACUGAUUAGCUGUUGGAGCCUGUCUUCAAACCUCAAGACCAGAGAAGAGAACGUGAUAAACAAAUGCUGCAUCAGAACUCAGUUGGGGUUUUAUGAGCCAGUUUUCUCUGUGGCUGGUGGGAUUUUUUUGUGACCUAAAUUUACAUCAGAACUCUAGUGAGUGUAUCCCUCCCCAGGCUUUACGUAUUAUGGGAGGUACUGGGACUUGUAGAUUCCAGGAAGUGUAGCCUGGAAAUGUAUAUGCGGAGAGAAGAGUUGUGAAAGCAGUCACAGACGAUUGAUUUCUUGGUGAGGGGACACUUGCAGCAAAUCAAAGGCGACCCCGAUCUCAGUAGCCUCAGGGGAGUGUGAGCGGCGGAGCUGACAUGAAGAUCUGUGCAGCAGCCUAUUAACAGAACAGACAGGAAUGGAUACAGCAGAGAGCAGUGAGCCUCAGCAUUAUGGGAGGUACUAGAACUUGUAGACACCCGGAAGUGCAGCCUGGAAGUGGUCGAGAAGGGACAAGAGUUCUGACAGCUGUCAUAAGCCAUUGAUCUCUUAGGGGACGCAGUGAGAAACUUCAAGCCAAGCUCAUCUGACCCCCAUCUCAGCAGCCCCACAGGUCUUUGAGCAGAGAAACUGACAUGAAGAUCUCCACAGAAGCCUAUUAACAGGAGACAAAAAGAGUAAACAGAAACUGCUGACUAGCUCUGGAGUUUCAAGGAAUUUAUUUCCCUGUAACAACACAUUUCCAGAAAAUCAUAUUAGAUCUGCUUAACCGAGCUAUUUACAAGGAAGCACUAUGGCAGAAGGCAUAUCUCUGGAUGAUAUUGUUAUGAAGUCCGAAGACUUAAUAACCCACCAGAAACUUGAUUCUGGAGGAUAUGGACUGGUGUCUUUAUGCCAUCAUCGGUUUCAUGGACUGGUUGUAUUGAAAACAGUAUACACUGGACAUAUGCAUUCUCAGUACAAUGAAAAACUUCUUGAAGAGGGGAAAAUUAUGCAUAUGUUAAAGAAUGACCGAGUGGUAAAGCUUCUUGGCCUCAUAUUAGAAAAUGGGAACUAUUCGCUGGUGAUGGAAUAUAUUAGUAAUGGAAAUUUAUUGACUGUUUUAGAAAAGGUUGAAGUUCCUCUCUCAGUUAAAGCCCGUUUUAUUCUGGAAAUUAUUGAAGGAAUGAGUUACUUACAUGAUAAGAAAGUUGUCCAUAAGGAUUUAAAACCAGAAAACAUAUUAGUAGAUGAGGAUUUUCACAUCAAGAUUGCUGAUCUUGGCGUGGCUACCUUUAACAGAUGGAGCAAACUGACUAAGGAGCAAAGUAAGCUCCAGAGGAAAUACAUGCACCAAAGCACUGGCAGCUAUAAAAGCAAUGCUGGAACUUUGAUCUACAUGGCACCAGAACACCUGAGAUCUCUGAAUGCAAAGCCUACCGAAAAGUCGGAUGUUUUCAGCUUUGGCAUAGUGGUUUGGGUGAUAUUUACUAAUAAGGAACCCUAUGAAAACGCACUUAAUGAAGACCAAAUAUCUUAUUGUGUCACAAAAAAAGAGAGACCAAGUCUGGAGGACCUACCAGAAGAGUGUCCACCUGAAGCUUUAGAUCUCAUGCAGCAAUGUUGGGAUGAUAAUCCAGACUCAAGGCCUUUGUUUAAAGAAUGUGAUUGCAAGUUCAGGCCAUUUUACACUCUCAAACAAAUGAUGCACGUUGAAAAAGACGUGGGUAAGAUGAAAAGUGAAUUUGAAAGGCCAAAUGUGAUUGUGGAAAGGAUGGCUUCGUUGCAAGUGGAUUGUGUGGCAGAGCCUCCAAGCAUUCAGCCAAGAGAUCAGCCACUGUCUCUGCACAGUUCCCAGGGUUUUAUAACCACAAACCAAGUUGACGAAUCCCUAUUUGGUCCUGCUCCUAAUGAGCCAAUAGAGUCUGAAGAUCCAAGACAAGAUGAAACCUUGGAGAGAAAACUACAGAAUGAAAUGAAUUACCACCAAAUUGGAAGUCGACUUGACAACAUAGGAGACCAAUCUUAUACUCCCAAGAGUAGUUUAGAAGAAAAAAGUAAAAAAGUAUUCAACGAACCUUCAGGGGUGAAUCAUGUUCCAGCAACCAGUGGAUUUACCCAUAGUCCCUUUGCAAGCAACUUUGAAAAUCCACCUUACCUGGCCUCUCAUUUCAGUAACUGGCAAGACUUUUACCAGAGAUCUCCUUAUGAUCAAAGCAGAGGAUAUGUUCCUGUUGGAGUGUAUGGACCUACAUCGUCCUCCCAAAGCUCAAAUGCUGCCUGGCAAGAUAAAAAUCCAACACCUGAAUCAGGAAUGCAAAGUGCUUAUGAACAACAAACUAGUCACCAAUUUGCAAGAGAUGCCAGGACAGGAGUAGCAGAGAGUGGCCUAAAUGUCAGCAUUUCCAACAGUAAUUCAAUUCAGAUUGGGAAUAAUAACACGCUGAGCGUCAUCAGCAGUAAGACGAAAACGAGACCCGAAUAUAUAAGCAGAACCAGCAACUCAAGUGUGGAAGAUCUUGCUGCAUUUGAGUGCCAAACUAUAGUAAAAGACGAUCACCUGCAACUACUUAGAGAAAAUUUGUCAAAAAAAUGGAAACUCUUUGCUCGCCAUCUUGGCUUCCGUGAACCAGAGAUUGAUGAAAUUGACCAUGACUAUGAAAGAGACGGCCUGCAAGAAAAAGUCCACCAAACACUGCAUAAGUGGAUAAUGAAAGAGGGCUCCAAAAACGCUACCGUGGGAAAGGUGGCCAAAGCACUCUCUCUGGUGGGGGAAAGUGAGCUUAUGCAUGCCUUAAUGAACGUGGAGGCAUCAUAACUUGGAUAAAUUCAACAAGUCCUGAAAAGCAUUUUUAAAGAUGCUCUGAACAUGUUCUACACAUAAUGGUUAUGGAUUUGUGAAACUGGAACUUCUAUAUUAAGACGUCCAAAUAUGCUGCCCCGUCAGAUGGAAGCCUUCAUAAAGCCAUGCGCCUCAUCAAAUAAUGGCCAGCUAUGUGCUAAUCACCUGUAAGCAGCUCAUACUGUGACAGACUGUAAAUAGACACAAGUCUUACAGAUAUUUUUCCACCUUAAUGUUUAUCCAACACAAACUUGUGACCCUGAGUCAUAUUGUAAAACUGUGCAAAGCAACAUAAGUUGUCGAACCUGUGCUGUAUCCUGCACCAUGUCACACGUACCUUUAUAAAAUAAUUAUUAUGGCAUAAAAGCACACAGCGAUGUACUGCUAAUCCUAAAUCAAUUGAUUGGGACUUUUUAAAAUGUUCUUCUAGUAGAAAACUGUAUUUAAAAUCCUAAAUCAGGAAAAAAGUACCGGUAUGUCAAUGGAUGAAACUCUGCCUGCCAACUGAACUCCAGCUCCCACAGCAAAGUUCCUUUUACUUUUCGGACAUUUGUCAUUAUAUGAAAAUCAUCAUCUGCAUUUAAUGAUUUUAUCAGUGUUUUGAAUGGUACAUGAUUUUAACUGGUAACUAACCAUAGGUUAGUUCAGCUGACGUUCAGCUACAGAAUUUUCAUGGACCAAACAGUCAUGGGACAUUACUGUACACUGGUGCAUUCAACUAUUGAGUUUCAUUUUGCCAAACAAAACCUGUAACUUUUAAAUAGUCUAUUGCAUUCUGUAAUGAAUAAGAAUGAUAUAUGCAUAUUUUAAUAAAGCAAUUUAGAUUUUCUAUGUGA